AAACACGCACGCACACACACACAGACAGAAGGGGAGAAUAGGAGGUGAAGCAAGCAAGGUGUCUCGCGUCCUCGAGGGUUGGGUUUUGCUUUCCUAAAAAUACAAUCUUGCUUGUUUAACAGCAUUUUGUUGGUUGCUAGAAUCGCCUUUGUGAGCGGAACAAUGAUUGGAAAAGGAUGUACCAGUCAGCCAUUCAGAAGACUCCAAUUCUUGAAUUGUGGAGCUAAUCGCCGCUGAAAUCUUCAGUUACCUCUGUGGUGUUAAGCAUCCGUUUCCCAUAAUUUAGCCCGCAAGAAGUUGUUAGCUAUAUGUUGUAACCAACUAUUGAAAUAAUUUAGAUCCAAUUCCCAAGAACAAUUCUAGAUACUUGAUAAUCCCAGACCUGGUGUAGCAUAAAUUGUCAAGCAGGUUGCUAAAUUACUCUCCUCUUCUUCCGGUGUGAAAUAUUUGGAUAGUAGAGUCAAACAAAGACUACACAGAUGACUGUGGAGGAAGCGGGCUGUAGCUCCUUAUGGACUCGAGAGCAGGAUAAGGCAUUUGAGAAUGCCCUUGCAAUUUAUCCUGAGGAUUCUUUAGAUCGGUGGGAGAAAAUUGCAGCUGAUGUACAAGGGAAAACCCUAGAGGAGAUUAAACAUCAUUAUGGCCUCUUACUUGAGGAUAUAUCCCAGAUCGAAGCUGGUGUUGUGCCACUGCCUUGCUACAAUUCUUCUUCAGAGGGUUCGACUAGCCACGCCAGUGAUGAAGGAACCAAUAAGAAAGGGGGACAUUCUGGAAACUAUAGCAGUGAAUCUAAUCAUGGAAGUAAGGCUUCAAGGGCAGAUCAGGAACGCCGAAAGGGGAUUGCUUGGACAGAGGAUGAACACAGGCUAUUUCUUCUUGGUUUGGAAAAAUAUGGGAAAGGCGAUUGGCGAAGUAUAUCCCGGAACUUUGUGGUAACAAGAACCCCUACGCAAGUGGCAAGCCAUGCACAAAAGUACUUCAUACGCUUGAAUUCAAUGAACAAGGACAGGAGGCGAUCAAGCAUUCAUGACAUCACCAGUGUCAACAAUGGAGAAAUUUCGGCAGCUCAAGGGCCAAUCACUGGUCAAGCAAAUGGUGCUGCAGUAGGUUCCUCUGGUAAGUCCACCAAACAAUCUCCUGCUGGGGCCCCAGGUGUCGGAAUGUACGGCAAUGCACCGAGUAUAGGGCAACCAAUUGGAGGACCCCUUGUCUCAGCUGUUGGCACACCUGUGAAUCUCCCUGCUCCCCCACACAUGGCAUAUGGUGUGAGCGCCCCAGUACCUGGAGUUGUUCCUGGUGCACCAAUGAACAUGGUUCCAAUGACAUAUCCAAUGCCUCACAGUUCGCAUAGGUAGUGUGAUGUUUUAGUUAUUAGCAAAGCACAAGUUGAAGUGGUCGUUGAAUGGUUCGUCGUUACUUGUCCAUAGUUGUUGGAAUAAGCCAUUUAUUUGAUGGGGGGAAGAAUGAGAUGAAUCUGAAGUCUGUACAGGCAAAUUCUGAAAGAGAUGAAGUAGCAAAGCAAUGCUCUUUUAUUUAUUGGCAAUUGGGCGGCUACAAGUGUAGUAGUCAGUCAGUCAGUCAUAAACAUUUGAUGAUGGAAAUAGUUAGUUAGCAUUCUAGGCAGUAACCCUUUUUACAUGUUAGCAUUGUCCUUGUUAUAAAAACUUGUUUAUUUAAUGUCUCUUCUUUUUACUGUGUUCAA